AUGGGGUUCAUAUACCCCAAAAGGUUUCCAAACCCUCCAAAGAACUCUGCGGUUCAACUAUCAACAGCUAUCACAGCCUGCGCUAGGAUUCAUAUGUAUAAAUAUAUAUCAAGGGAUGACUGCUAUUACACAGACACAGACUCUAUAGUUCUUUCCAACCCACUUCCAGAGGAUGAUGUUUCUUCUUCUGAAUUAGGUAAGUUUAAGUUAGAGGAUCAAAUCAAGAAAGAAAAAGAGAAAUUGGAAAGAGAGAUAGCAGAGAAGAAAAUAGAGAAGAAAGAAGAUCAGGAGAUUCUGAAUCAUACUGAAAUAGAGACUCAUCUUACUGAAGACAGAAAACUCUUAGAAAAGAAAAAAGAAGAUGAAAGUGAGGUAACUAAAACAGACUAUAAGAAACCGGAUACCUAA